CCUUACCAGAGGGGCCGCUUUUCAUUGGCUGAUGCCCAUUCUACGUCAUAGAGUGGCUACAACGUUCGAAGAAGUCUCACAAACACAAGCUAAUGUAGUGCUAUACUACCGCUGUGCUAGCAUACCGGCAUAACGUUUUCGAGUUAAUAAUCGAAAAAUAAUAAAAAAAUAAUGGUUCUCCAUUGCCAGUGGGGUAUCUGUACUGGUGAUGUAAGAUACCCUAAUCGUAUUUGUGGUGGGAAAAUUCACCGAUUUCCAAAAUCAGGUGCAGAAUGCCGGGCUUGGAUCAAAGCUUGUGCGCGACCACACGAGCAGCUCAACCUUCGUAGGAUCAAUAAGAACAAGGGAGUGUGUGCUGGUGUAAGUAUUAUAAAUUUGCUUUAAUACUUAAAGCAAAGCAAUAAUACUUAUUGCUUAUUAUUUAUUUAUUUAUUAGCAUUUUGUCGGCGGGGAUGGGCCAACAGCGUCCCAUCCUUAUCCGACACCAGCAGACGGAGCGCGAGUGCAUAAAGCUAGGCGCGCACGAAAAAGAGCAUCGGAAAGUGCAAGUAGGCAGGACAGCAAAGACAAGAGACCAUCGAUUAGAGCAGAGAGCUUGGAUACCUACGAUGCUGCAGAAAACAAUGAUGCAGACAAAGGGAUAGAGGUGCAAACAGAUGAACAUUGGAUUUCGCCGCUGGAUAUGCUUGCAGUGACUGCAGAGUUGGAAAUGGCAAAAACUGAAAUCAGUCGCUUACAAGCAAAAGUGGAAAAUUUAGAAACAGAGCUACAGAAAGAACAGAAACGAAAACUGUUUGGUAUUGAUGCUGUUGUUGAAUCUGAGAAGAACAGCAAAAAAAAUCUGUGUGUAUAUUAUACAGGACUUACACUAGUCCGUUUCAUGUCACUAUUUACAUUUCUCUUGCCAAAGAGGGAGACUUUGACUUAUGAUGAAAACAGAAAUGACAUUAGAGAAAUGUCAGCAGAAAAUGGACUUUUCCUGACUAUGUGCAGACUAAGACAAAACUUUGGUCUGUUCGAUCUAGCAACACGGUUCGGCAUUUCACAACAGUCAGCUGGUAUAGUAUUUAACACUUGGAUUGACAUUAUUUAUCUUAAGCUGUGCACUGUUUCUAUCUGGCCACACAGACAAACUAUAAUAGACAACAUGCCAAAAGACUUCAAAGCUAAUUUCCCUACAACAUUAAUUAUUAUUGAUGGAACAGAAUUAAAAACAGAAUCCCCCUGGGCCCAUGGUGUGCAAUGCCAACUAUAUAGCGAUUAUAAGUCUACCACAACAUUCAAGGCACUCAUAGGUUGUGACUCUCGGGGGUCUUUCAUGUUCACAUCAGAAUUAUUCACAGGAUCAAUAUCAGACAAGGCCAUUACAAAAGCAAGUGGUUUUUAUGAAACCAUACAACAACUGAAGGACAUUGGUUACAUUCAGAAUGGUGACGGUGUCAUGGCAGACAAAGGGUUUACAAUCAAGGAUGAGAUAAAUGCCCUUGGUCUGUCCUUAAACAUACCACCUUUUGCCUCAGCAGACAAACAGUUGUCUCAGGCAGAUCUUGCACUAACUGACAAAAUAGCAAGACACAGAGUGCAUGUUGAACGACUCAUUUCUCGCAUUAAAGAUUUCAAAAUAGUUGGUUGUACAAUUCCUGCUAUAUUAUUUCCUAAGUUAAACAGAAUAUGGGCUGUGUGUUGCUACUUGACACUUUUCCAGGGCUUUGUUUUGAAGAAAAUGUAAGAACAGUAAUACUAGUCUUGUUUUAGUACACAUUUCAUUAAUUUUUACCUGAUAGGAAACAGCUGACCCAAUUUGCACUUCUCCCAGGGGUGUAGAGACAGUUGGUGCUGAAGGCGUCAGCAUAUAUGUCAAUGGAGUACCAUGUAAUAAUUUCAGUGCAGCUAUCUCCUCGGGUUCAACCUUUGUCACUCUGUAAAUAUAAUGAAAAUGAAUUUUGAGAGUUGUCAAAUUUGCAAUAUUAAUUAAAAUAAAGAACAGUUUUAUGUG